AUGUUGGAAAUGAGAAAUAACUCAAGUUUAGAAUAUGGCCGAGUAAUCGAUCAAGUUGUUUAUCUCCAACCUUACAAGGAAGGCUGGACUGACGAAUACGUUCUCAAAUAUGAUCACAGAGAAUGCAUUGAUGGCUCGCGCUUCUACAAGAAUGAAAACAACGCUUGGCGAGGCUGGUUCUUUUCAUUCAACGAAGUCAGAGCGAAAGAGUUUGAAUGUUUGUCAGUGCAAGGAGAUUCCGAAACAUUGAAGAAGAUAAUUCUAAAUGAAUACCGCGACAAAAAUAGCAUCUUUAUCGAUCGUGCUGAAGCUAUACUCCAUCAAAACUACGGCGAUGUACACUAUUGGGAGGCGAGACGCAGCAUGCGCUAUGCAAAAUAUCUGAUUAAAGUCGGAAAUGAGUUCAGGAAGCAAAGGCUCUCUUCGACCGACGAACUCGACCGUACGCAACUGCCUUCUUCUUUUCGAGACGAGCGGCCUCGACGUACCGCUUUGGGAGGAAACUACGUCUGCGCUCAUUGGAGACGCCGAGACUUCGUUCGUGCGCAUGGCAAAGAAUUACCGAGUAUAAACGGAACCGCGGCAAAGGUGAAAGUUGUAGCUAUAAGAAGAAAAACGGAAUUCGUGUGGAAAGCACCUAAGGAUUAUCAAGUAUCACUGUCGUCCUGUUAUCGUUCGGUAAUAUCCCAUCACCAUCCAGGUUACCGGAACUGCUUGAAAAGAAAGCUUGAAACCGAACUUAACUGGUGUUCGGCUCUGAAUAGGUGGAGAUAG